AUGAAAUUCAAAAAAUCAGGUACCGUCCCGAAUUUCUUGGAUGCUAUUCUAAAUAUCGCAGAGUCAGAUACCUCUAGCUCGUUAGCAUAUCAGGACAAUUGGCUUGUGCAAAUGAAGCAAGCUCGUAAUAUGACAAUUUCUUUUUUUGGUGAUGAUACUUGGAUAAAAUUGUUUCCUGGAUUAUUUCAUAAAACAGACGGAACCACAUCAUUUUUUGCCACGGAUACAGUUGAAGUCGACUUAAAUGUCACGAGACACGUAAUCCCAGAAUUAUCAGACCCUAACUGGGAUAUAAUAAUAUUACAUUAUCUUGGUCUAGAUCAUGUUGGGCAUUCCAGCGGUCCGUACAGUUCAUUGAUGAAGCCCAAACAAGGAGAAAUGGAUCAAGUGGCAAAAACUAUUUUCGAUAUAAUAUUGGAACAGGAUGCACAAAGGAUGAAAGUGAAUCCUAAUGCUAAGCCAACUCUCUUGAUAUUAUGUGGAGAUCAUGGGAUGAAUGAAGCGGGAAAUCAUGGCGGGUCUUCGAUCGGGGAAACAUCAACGGUGUUUGUCUUAUUGAGCUCAAAGUUUGGCAUGUUUACGCGCUUACCCGCAACCUUUGACACGCCAAGUGAACCAGAAUCUUUUCGCUAUUAUGGUUUUGUCAAUCAAGUUGAUUUGGUGCCCACGUUAUGUUUUCUAUUUGGAGUUCCAAUACCGAAAAAUAAUUUGGGCAAAGUUAUACUUGAAGUAUUUGGAGAUCUUAGUGAACUUGAAACAUUAAGGUUAUUGCAAUUAAAUGCCUAUCAACUAUCUGAACUUCUUCAAAAUUUCGACCGCGAUCCAAAUUAUCUCGAUACAUGGAAUGAUUGUGAAUUUGAUAAUGAAAAUGCGCAAGAAAGACUACAGUGUUUAUAUAAUCUCGCGCAUUAUUAUCAUUCUAAAGCUCUUCUAGUCACUAAUAAUGAUACAACAUUCACAAUAAAAUCUCGUAAAUUUUAUGAACAGUUCAUAUAUGAGACUAGCUCGAGACUUUCGUCGAGUUUUAGUGAAUAUAAUCUCGGUUCUAUAUAUGUUGGCAUUGCUUGUAUGAUUGUGACAAAUAUUGCUUUUAUGGCGCUCCUUAUUUACCCUACUUGUAAUCGAAAUCAUAUCUUGAGAAUCAACUCAUCGAACAAACAAAAUAUUUGGAAUGUCCAACGAAUACUAAUUUCAAUUGGUAUAAUUCAAUUAUGUAUCAUGAUGUUUGCGAGUAGUUAUAUCGAGGAAGAACAUCAGUUUUGGUAUUAUUGGAUGCAAACUAUGUGGAUUGGUUUACUUUUUAGCAGCAUAAAAAUCAAACAAAAUCCAAUUUCUUUGCUUACUUUGACAAUAUUGGGACAAUUGAUUGUUGUCCGAUUAAUUCGAAGUUGGAAUCAGACAGGUCAAAAGUACGCUGGUGAAAUCGACUUACGCUAUUAUCUAAAAAUUAAAUAUCUUGGUGUAAUGUGGAUAUUAUUUUUUGCGACAAUAUCUGGACUCGUAAUAACCACAUUAAAUCAAAUCAGAAAAUCGUUCAAUGAAGCACGAAGAUUAUGUCUCGGAAAGUUCAUGCAACAUUUAAACCUAUUCUUACAUUCUUUCUUUGCAAUCAUUACAGUAUUUGUCGCCUUUCUCAUAUUGACAUAUAAAUUAGCGAGUGAUGACGCGAUUCUUUCGAUAAGUUUAUUUAUUAAAUUUUUAUUUAAUGGUGAUAAUUAUGAACAGCGCGAGAUAAAAAUAGUAAAUAAUACUGAAGGCAACUCAAAUUCUAUGGCAUCAGUUGAUCUCGGAAAUUCUUAUAUAGGUGUUAACGAAUACCACGUGUUUUCUGUUGGACUUCUGACAUUUUUCGCGAAUUGGGCUGGACCCAUAUGGUGGACUAUUGCUUGGAAUGUCACGCGUCAAGAAAUUUCAAAUAUUCAGCAACAAAAACGUACAGAAACGCGCCCAGAAAAUCAAUCCUUUAACGAAAGCAAAGACGAAAACUUUUCAAAAGAUUCCCCAUUUUUUGAUUACUUGAUACACACAUCAUCUUUUCACGCUCUAGUUCUCUUAUGCUUAUCGAUAGCAGUCACUAUUCUAAGAAAUCACUUGUUUAUCUGGACUGUAUUCUCUCCAAAGUAUUUGUAUCAAAUUGUUUGGAAUGUUUUAUUUCAUUUGGGAUUUGGCGUUUUGGUUUCGGGAAUUUUACAUUCAUUGGAAAGUAUAAAGUGA